UCUCACACACUCACACAGAAACACAAGCGCUCUUUCCCUCUCUGUAAGGUUGUCGUAUGUUCCAAUACAAUAGUCGCCUACUCGGCUACGCCACUUGCAUACGCUAUUAACGUUGGCUGGAUCUGAGAAUGUAGAUGGGAAAAACGUUCUAAUUACAUUUUGGAGAAUACUAGGGCGACUCGACACUAUUUCAAGAUAGUCAACGGUGUACUGUUCUCACACGCGUAACACAAUGGAUCUCUCAUUUAUGGCUGCGCAGUCUGUCAUGGCGGGGGCCUUCAUGGACUCGUCACCCAACGAUGACUACAGCACGGACCACUCCCUCUUCAACUCCUCAGCCAGCGUCCACGCGGCCUCCAUGGCAGCCCAUGACCAGCCGGAGAGGGAGCCCAUGUCCCGCGACGCCAUCUGGCUUUGGAUUGCCAUCACUGCCACCAUUGGGAACAUUGUGGUUGUGGGAGUGGUGUACGCCUUCACUUUCUGAGUGGUGGGAUCCAUGAUAAAGUGUUGCCAGCAGGAGGAAGUUGCUGCACAAGAUAUUUGAACAUAAGCUCAGAAACUUGAGAGCGACAUAAUCUCAGAACUCCACAGCAGCCAAUAACCACUCUGAAAGGCUACACUGAUACAGAGGAGUGAAUGAUUAUUGCAUUGACAUCUUGUCCAUGCUUUUGAAAGACAAGGGACAAAUACAAAUACAGAAUUGAGUAUGUGUAAUAUGUUGGUAAUUUUACUGCAGCCAAAGGUAAAAAUAUGAAAUAUUUUGUACAUAAGUUCUGUUGAUUUUACGUAAAAAUGUUAACAUUUCUGAUGAAGCUUUAAAUAUUGAACGGAUUCUAGAAAAUAGUAUACAGUGUUGUAUAGUCAACUCUGAAUAACCUCUGAGCUAAUUGGUCAAUUCUGAAAUCACCUAAAGGACGUACAAUAUUCCUACAGAACCUUUGUAACGUGCCAAUCGAAGAGUUUGGAGAUCAUUGUAUGGAAAGUAACACUGAUAUGUUUUUAUCUUCAAAGCAUUACUCCACAGAGGU